AUGUCAUCAAUCGCAAGAUUUCUUCGGCCGGCUUUACGGCAGGGCUCAAGUGUAGCUUCUAGAGUUUCAUUAUCCUCACGAUGUUUAAGGAGGUCGCCGCAGAAAUUCGGUGCCCAGCAAAUAAGAGCCUUAUCCGCAACACCCCGCCGCAUGACUGACAUCACUGACAUCCCACCCACCCCCAUAACACAUAUGUCCGAGACAGAGAUGGCGAUGCAGGAGGCAGUCCAGAAAUUCGCCAACGAUGUCAUCCUACCGAAGGUCCGCGACAUGGACGAGGCCGAGAACAUGGACCCCGAACUAGUAGAGCAGCUCUUCGAGCAAGGGCUGAUGGGGAUAGAGAUCCCCGAGGAGUUCGGCGGCGCGGGCAUGAACUUCACCGCCGCCAUCGUCGGCAUCGAGGAACUCGCGCGCGUCGACCCGAGCGUGAGCGUCAUGGUCGACGUCCACAACACCCUGGUCAACACCGCGAUCAUCAAGUGGGGCAGCCCCGACCUGAAGCGACGCUUCCUGCCGCGCCUCGCCACCGAAACCGUCGGUAGCUUCUGCCUGUCGGAGCCGGUCUCGGGAUCCGACGCCUUCGCGCUGGCGACCCGCGCCGUCGAGACCGCCGACGGAUACCGCAUCUCCGGCGGCAAGAUGUGGAUCACGAACUCGAUGGAGGCGAGCUUCUUCAUCGUCUUCGCGAAUCUCGACCCGAGCAAGGGCCACCGCGGCAUCACCGCCUUCGUCGUCGAGAAGGACGCCCCCGGCUUCUCGAUCGCGAAGAAGGAGAAGAAGCUCGGCAUCAGGGCGAGCAGCACGUGCGCGCUCAACUUCGACGACGUCGAGGUGCCGAAGGCGAACCUGCUGGGCGCUAAGGGCGAAGGGUACAAGUACGCCAUCGGCCUGCUGAACGAAGGCCGCAUCGGCAUCGCGGCGCAGAUGACGGGGCUCGCGCUCGGCGCGUGGGAGAACGCGGUCAAGUACGUGUGGAACGACCGCAAGCAGUUCGGCAAGCUGGUCGGCGAGUUCCAGGGCAUGCAGCACCAGAUCGCGCAGUCGUACACCGAGAUCGCGGCCGCGCGGGCGCUCGUGUACAACGCGGCCCGCAAGAAGGAGGCCGGCGAGGAUUUCGUGAGGGACGCGGCCAUGGCGAAGCUGUACGCGUCGCAGGUCGCGGGCCGCGUCAGCGGGCUCGCCGUCGAGUGGAUGGGCGGCAUGGGCUUUGUGAGGGAGGGGCUGGCCGAGAAGUACUGGCGCGACAGCAAGAUCGGCGCUAUUUACGAGGGGACGAGCAAUAUCCAGUAA